UUUUCGAAUUUUCCCUCUCAACUACUCUCUAAAUCUCUCUUCUUCUUCAGCUGUUUGGCUCUUUUACUGUUCCUCAUUAGAUCCGAUUUCUAAUUUCAAAGGACUUUCCUUUUUUCUUUUCCUUUUUGUGAAACGCUUGCAAAACUCUGCUUUUAUCCACUCUUCUUCAUUAAUUUGUCUUUUUUUGUGUGCUUAAUCUUGAAGAAGGGAUAAAACCCUAGAAAAAAAAUGGGGGAAUCCACGAGAAUGAUCGAUGUGGAGAAGCUGAUAUCUUACAGUGACGACCUGGUGGAGGUAUUGAAGGACAAAAGGGACAUUAACAGCUUGACGCAGUGUUUUCAGCACUUUAACGAUCUCCGCUCGCAUUGCGACGCUGAUUCCAACGAGGUUCAUCGAUUGCUUCGAGAAUAUGAGGAAAAGAUAGAAGCUUGCAAGAAGAAAACAGAACAGGCAAAAUUGGAGGUUGCUGAUGGUGCUGAAAUGGAGUAUCUGCAGAAGGAAUACCAAGAAGAGCUUGAAAAAGAACGUGGACUUAAAGAGGAGCUUAGAGCUGUUAGCAAUGAGAUAAUUGAACUAGAGCGCCAGAGGGUUUCUAUUGAAGAACGCAAGAAAAACCUAAGGAAAUACGAGCAAGACAAACUCAAAGAACAGAGGAAGCUUUCAAUGUAUGCUUCUAUAACUAAUAUUAUUCCAGACUUGGAAGACCAAUCCAGAAUCUCAGGCCAUAUAGUAGAUAGAGAUAAAAAGGUGAUAAAGAAGUUUGAAUUCGAUACAUCAAAGAUGACUGCUUUUGAUGCCUGUGAUAGCCUAUGGAAGAUGAUAAAUUCCCGAUAGCCAUUGCUUUAUACUUUCUCUUGGUUGACAUAUGUAGCAAAAUGUGUAAUGUAUGUGUUUCUAAUGCUGCUAUCCAAAACAUUUUCUUUCCUAAA